CUGCUGAUUGUGUUUUUGUGUCACAUGUUUGACAAAUGCUCUGCAGCAGCAUUUAGGCCAUCAUGUAGAGGAGUAAAAUGACCACAGCAUGUCAUUUACUGAGUUUUUUGGGGCUGUAAUUCAACAUAUUCUGGUUAAAUUUAGAUUUAUGGCUUGACUUUAAAUGUCUAAAAUCUUUCCUGUGGCCCUAAAAGUUUGGCUGUAUAUGUAGGGCAGUGUGACACACAGACACACGCAGAAAGAGUUAAAAGAAACCACAGUGUGGAUCUCCACCCACGACGCGUCACGGCCGACCUUUCGCAGGUGUCACGUUCAGUUUGUUUCGUUCUCGGUGGAACUAAGGUGAUUCCCACAGAAACACUCAGUCCGUCAAUUCCCGGAUCCGGCGUGUCCGAGCUCCUGUGGAAAGUUUGGAAAGUUUUUUUUUUUUUCAGUGGGAGGGAGAGAGAGAGGCUGAGCUCUGUGCGCCACAGCGGCUCUGCGGAGCUCCAGAUCGGAUCAGUCCGGCUCUGCGCUCCGGGAUGUCGGCCGUGAAGGCUCUGCAGCAGUGGUGCCGGGUCCAGUGUGACGGGUACCGGGAUGUGUCCAUCACCAACAUGACCACGUCCUUCAGGGACGGCCUGGCUUUCUGCGCCCUCAUCCACAAACACAGACCGGACCUCAUCAAUUUUGAUUCUCUGAAAAAGGAAAAUGUCUAUGACAACAACAAGCUGGCAUUCAGUGUUGCAGAAGAGCAACUGGGAAUUCCAGCACUGUUGGAUGCAGAAGACAUGGUGGCUCUUAAGGUUCCUGACCGCCUCAGUAUCCUGACAUAUGUCUCACAAUACUACAACUACUUCCAUGGACGCUCCCCAAUUGGAGGUAUGGGAGGCAUCAAGCGUCCGGCUGAUGCUCCCACCGAUGAGCCGUCUGGGAAGAAGAACCAGCCAGUGACAUCUAAGGUGUUCCCUCCCUCUAAACCCACCAGAGAGAACAGCCCUCCACCAUCCUCCAACAUCACAAGGCCCGCUCCUUCCCCAAAACAAAACAGAAGUACAGCAAAGGAUGUUCUGGUGGAUAAAUCCCAUCAGACUGGGACGCUGAGUAACAAAUGUGUGUCCUGUAACAAGCAUGUUCACCUGGUGCAGCGACAUCUAGUGGACGGGAAGCUCUAUCAUAGGAGCUGUGCAAAGUUACUUUCACCUACAACUGCGCCUCUUCUGAAUUUGCCCACGAACACCAACAUCUCCAAAUUCACUCCACUCCCAGACUCCAGUAAAACCAGCACACCUGCUCCCACUCACACACCUUCCAGACUGGGACCAUCAUGGCUGACACAGAAACCCAGCACCCCUCCCAGCGUCUCCAGCACUGUUUCUGCUUCAUCUCCUUCCCAACCUGCAUCAGGUCGCUCUCCUGCUGCUAAAGAAAGUCCGACAGCUUUGGUGUCCAAACCUGCAGCUUCUCGUGACACUACCGUCACUACAACCACCUCCAUCAGCAGCAGACCCACUGCUGCCCCUCGGACCUCCACUACUGCCGCCAAGACACUCCAGUCUAAGCUCAAGUUCUUCCAAUCGGACAAGACUGCUAACGAUGAAGAGAAAAAGACCUCAGUCAUCAACAUAGACAUAAAUAAAGGUCAGAAUGCAGGUGGUAAGACGCAGGAGGCCAAAGGAGGACAGGCUGUUACUGUGGUUGUAAGUGCUGUUGGGACUAGAAAAAAAGAUGCGAAUGAGAGCCUGGAUAAAGUUGGGGAUAAAGCUCAAGUAAGUGGUGUUGGUGUGAAAGUGAGUCCAAAACAAGAAGACAGUGGGACUAACAAGGCAAAAGCAUCAGCAGUGGCCAUCAUCUCCAAGAAACUGGCUGAGGAGAACAACAAUAAUAACAGUAAGCCAUCGUGGACAGCUGUAGCGCUGAAGAAAACUGAAAAGCCUCAGGCUCAAGUGGAGACACCUAAGAAGGAGACGGAGGGUGUCAGAGGGAGGGUGAGGCUGAAAGCAGAUCGGUCAAUCCUCGAGGACUUGGUUUCUCCAGAUCCCCCGAAAUCUGCACCCAUUCCGGCCAGCAGGACUGGACUCAGAGCCAAGACUCCAGAAAGCAGAGACACAAAGCUUCGCAGCGCAUCGCCCAACACAUCAGCAUCAGAAAAUGAGUCUCCUGCAGACUGGAGGUCGAUGCUCAAGCCGGUCGCCAAAGAAACCAAACCUGCUGGUCCUUCACAGUCGUCCACUAAACCAUGUCCUAAUGGAGCGGGAAAGACUUCAGAGCUCUCGGUUGGACCUUCAUCAUCCUCCUCUCAUCUCCCCUCCCCAAGCAUUUGUGUUACUCCAGCAGCAUCAAAGGGAGUUCAGAAUGGUCAGAAGGAGCAAACUGCAAAUGGUAUCAAGUCCGAGUUGAAGGUUUCCAAGAUGAAGCCAGACUACAUUCCCAAAGAGGAGAUCAUUAAGGAGCUUCAGGGCAUUGAAGAUAACUUGAAUGAGCUGGAGAAGAGAGGAGUCGAGCUGGAGGUGAAGCUGCGUCGCAGCGAGGAAGAGGGUGACGAUGACUCUCUCAUGGAUGAGCUCAUGGUUGAGUGGUUCAACUUGAUCAGGAACAAGCAGGUGGCCAUGCGCCGGGAGUCUGAACUGGUCUACAUUGGAAGAACUCAGGACCUGGAGGAAGAGCAGCCCAAUGUUGAGCAAGAGCUCCGGAGACUGAUGGAGAAACCAGAACAUUUGAAAACAGCCGGGGACAGAAAGAAAGAAAAGCAGCUGAUGGACAAACUGGUGGAGAUUGUCAACGACAGAAACGCGAUUGUAGAUGGUCUGGACGAGGACAGACUCAGGGAGGAAGAGGAGGAUGAGCAGCUAAACAUGAUGAUGAUGAAUUUCAGUGAGUGUUUCCACCACCUCCACAGGCCACCUGCCCCCCUCUCCGCUCUGUUCAUUAGUUAUCACAACCUCGGUGUCACUGCAACUUAGUUGGCUUAUAAAUUAUCCAAUUGAGGAUUUCCAUCAUAGACACCUCUAAUUGAAGUAGAUAGAAUUCUCAUUGUGGUUUAUGGAAGUGUGUGUGUGUGUGUGUGUGUGUGCGCGCGUUCGGUGCAUUUUUUAAGGGUGCCACUGGCCGAUGUUUUCUGCUAAUGGAAAAAGCAUCAAACAAAACGCUCCCCCUCUUUUUGUCAGCAGCGUUCCUAUUAGACAAAUGGAUAAUGUAGACGGUUAAUUUGACCCUCUGAUAGCACAGAAUCAAAGCCACCUUCAUUUGCAAUUCAUGACCGGGAAAGCAGGGCUGAAAUUGAGGAGAUUUAUUGAACUUCAGUGAAAGGUCAUUAUGUUACAGCGAAUGAAUGCCGACUGUGGGCUAAAGACUAGCCAUUUCAUUUUAAUGUAUUCAUAAAGUUAACGCCAAAGUUUCACAGUUCAUUCUCACUUUGAGUACAGGCAUGUGCUGGUUUACACACAUGUUGUGUCACACACAGUGCAGAUAUUCUUUGUUCUGACGGGUUAACAGGUGUCGGGACAUUUCAUAUACGUGACAGGGUUGCACCAGCUAUUCAUAAAGCGAUUACUGUCAAUGUUAAAGCCUUCUAAGAUCUUAGAGGCUACUAGCUAGUUUUAAAUCUAUGGUUGUCUAAAUCAGUGUCUAACAUUAAAACUAAACUUGAAGAGUCCAUAUACAAACAUUUUCAGGUUUAAAAGUUUAUAUUUGGGGUCUACUAGAAUAUAUUCACAUGCUUUAAUGUUCAAAAAACACAUUAUGUCCUGUACCAUACAUUGCUGCAGCAUUUUUUUUCAUUGUCUAUCUGAAAUGAUCGGUUUUAGGUCCUGUCUCUGUAAGGCCCUCCAUGUCUGCUCUGAUUGGUCAGCUGGGCUGUCGGCCAGACAGUGUUGGUCGGUUAUGUAUCAUAAACCCAGAUCUCUGACGUGUAGCUCUAGCAGAAGCUCUAGUGAGGAAAUACUGGCAGAAGCUGCUCAGUCUUUGUUUCAGAGCGUGGUUGUGUGCAGAUGUGUUGAUGGUGAUGAGGGGUCGACCAAUAUCUUUUGUUUUCCACUGCUGAUUCCGAAGGCGAUUAUUGGCAAUCAAGGAGACUAAUGUUCCAUAAUUGGAACCAAUAUAUUUGCAGUAACACAACACAAAACUGAACUGAAAUGCCUUUGUUUAUGUAUAUUUAACAUGCAUUUGCUUAAAACAGAAGUUUUUCCCCAUUUGUUCUAGUGAUGGUUACUACUUGACACACAGCCAAUCAGAUAGCGCUGUGGAUGUGACAUUGCUCAAGACACAGAGUUGUCAGCACAGAUAGAGAGAGGUGGCUGCAUCAGAACCAAAGCAGAUCAUUUCCAGAUUUAUUUAUUUUAAUGAGAGGUGAGGGGGAAAAAACGUACUCAUAUUUACAAUAAAAAAUGAUGAAUAUUGGAUCCAAUAAUCAACCAGAUAAUCGGUGACGUUGAUAAGUUAUGAAAGAAAAGCCUCAACUUCAAGGCUAAUCACGCGGUGUUUCAGGUAAGGAGCAAUUUAUUAUUUUUUUUAUUUUACAUUUAUUUAACUAGGAGAAAUCCCAUUGAGAUUAAGAACCUCUUUCUCAAGGGAGUCCUGGCCAAGAUAGACAGCAGCAAAUACAAAACACAGUUAUAAAAUUACACAGUUAAAACAUCUUUAAAAUACGAACCAAAAAAAUACAUACAUUUACAAGCAAGUAAUGAAAAACAAGUGUAUGUUGUGGAAACGGCCUCAGGAACUCGCAGUUUAGAUUUAAAAGCAUUCAGUGCGAUUAACUCGGUUAACUUCCAGUCUUUCUGCAACAUAUUCCAGGCAGAAGGUGCAGAGUAAACAAAAGCCUUUUUACCCAGUUCAGUACGAACACAUGGAACAAAAUGUUUCCUGUAGACCUAAAAGCCCAUAACACACUAAUGGAAAGGGGAACGUCUUUGCCUGUGAAGUAAUCAAGAGUUGUCAGCUCUCAUUAUCUAGAAUAACUUCUAGCAGUUAAAUAUUUGGAGACUAGAAAUAUAGAUAAUAUUUCUGUAAAUUUACAGUAGAUGUUGCUUUGUGUACUUAAUGUAAGCACACACAGAGAAAUGUGUUUCUAUUUCUCUCUC